AGAUCCGAUAUAUCUACAGUGAUUAUAGGGCAAACAUAUCAGGCAAAUAAAAUAAAGGGAAAGAAAAAUGUCACCCUUCGUCGUAUGGCUGCUCUUAAUUCUAUUAGACAGGAAGAUAUAAAGGGAAUAAUAAAUUCCUUAAUGUAGAGUUAAGAAAUGUUAAAUUGGGACACUAAGGAAGAAGCCACUUAUUUUCAUUUCUGCAGAUAGAAACGAUAGUAACCCAUAAGGCAGAUAUUGGAAACACAAACAAAUGCAAUUUUAUUUCAUACACUCUGCGCUAGCCAAGAUAUUCUGACUUACCAUAUACAAAUACGACACGAAGAGAAUGGAUUUCGAGAAUGCAAAUCUUUUAAACAGUCGAGCGAACAUAUUCUCGGGGAAUUUAUUACCGAUUUCAACCGAUAAUUCGCGAUUUUCAGUAAUCUGGCGUACUCACAGUGUCGUCGUAUGGUUAAUAGAAUUAACCCACGUGAUUGCGUUAAUCUUAGGGAUUAUCUUAUCACCGAAAGAAAAGGGUUUGAAAGACGGUACUGUUGCCGUCGUGGUCCACCUGGAAACAUUUUUUAUGCUUGCGAGUCUAUACUCACGCAAGAAGCUAAUGAAGGAAAUGGUCCAGAAAAUGAACAGUAUUUUACAAAGUGCGGACGAGAUUAUGAUGGAUAUUGUAAAAUCUGCUAUAAGGCCUAUAAUAAUGCCGUUUAUAAUAUAUGGAGUGACCAGCAUGAUAUCUGUUGCGAUAUGGACCAUACAACCGAUUCUAUUGGUUUUUGAGAAGUCCACCUUUUUCUAUGUAGAUUACAAUUUGCCAGCAGCUUUCAGCACCGAGCCGUUUUCCAGCCGUAUUCUGAUUCCUACAACCAUUAUUAUGACAAUUGGCAGCCUUUAUCAAUUUCUUAGGAAAUUUAGCGUGGAUAUAUAUAUGAUGCAUUUGGUAUUAAUGUUAACGGCACAGUAUCGAUAUAUGGCGGCAAAACUCUCGAUUCUAUUUCGGGAUCUGCAGAAUUGUCACGAUGAAUUUCGAAACGGAUUUCAUUCUGAAAAAGAUCGAUGGACGGAAAUAGAACUUAGAAAAUUAUGUCAGCACCAGAAUAUUGUUUUAAACAUGUCAUUAAUAUUAAAGAAUCUUCUAUCUGUAAACUUUAGUCUACUUUAUGUCAAUAAUGUAUUGCGGUUCUGUUUUAUAGGAAUCAUGAUGACUACAGUACCAUCACAAUCCUUUGCAGAAGGAAUGUCAGUCACGUUUUUUGCAAUGGGUUCGCUAAUGCAGUUUUUUUUGUUAUGUUUUUCGGUACAAACAUUAUCAGACGCAAGUACCGAAAUAACAGAUAAAGCAUUUAAUGAAGGCUGGCAUCAAUUUGGACCAUCAAUGAAACGUACAUUUAUUUUAUUAAUUAUGACUAACAAUUUAGAAUGCAGAAUUGCGGCGAUUGAAAAAUUUAACUUAUCUCUACCUUCAUUUAUGGCGGUAAAAUUUAUUACAUAUUUUUAUUCCAUAUGUGUCUUGAAACAUAAUUAUUAUUUAAAAUUUUUUUAAACCUUUUUCAUAUUUUUUAAUAAUAUUGUAGAUUAUAAAUCAAUCAUAUUCAGUCGCACUUUUGUUUUUAAGAACAAAAUAAAAAACAUCAUGUUUGUUUAAAUUUAGUAGAUGUAAAAUAGAGAACGAUUAUUUGAGAAGAAAAAUAAGGUAAAUAUUUUAUGAGAAAAACGCAGAUAAAUUUGUUUUGCAUAACAAUUUGAAAAUUAUGAUUGUCACAAUAUAAUGAGCUAUAUUGUUUAGAAAAUCGUGUAAUAAUAUUGCCCACAAGUUUCUUUGUUUUUUCAGAAUUUUUAUCUGUUUUAUAAUUAUGUUUUUUUUAUUAUUUUCCAAAUUAAAAAUAACUUGUUACAUUUAUAAUAAGAUAACUUGUAGUAUUUGUAAUAGUACUUAGUUUAGUAAAAAAAUAUUAGUAUAUAUAAUAUAAGUGUGUGUAUUAUGAAAAACUAUCUGUUUUACAUACUAAUUUAUUUCUACUUUUUUUUAAAUUAACAACGAAAAGAACAUUUUUUACAAUAACGUUUCCAAUAUUUAUCUUUGUCUUUUAUUAUCUUAUUCUUUAAUAAAUUUAUUAUUAUUUUUUGAAAUUUCUAUCAAUGACUUGCAUUACUUGUUGAUUCAUACAUUAUCCGGCUUUAGAACACUUUGUAUACUUACUGCCACAGUUUAAACCAUCGUUGACUAAUUUUCAACUUACAAGGGAACCUCGCAAACUCGAAAAUCAGAUUUUAAUGAAACUUGGCAUAAAUGUAGAGGGGGUGAAUACAUGAAUUUAGAAAUUUUUAGUAAAACUUUCGUAUGAAACAUUUUUU